AUACUCGUAUUCUGGAAACUUCGUUUUGCUUGUACAUGUCGUACACGUAUAUAUAUAUGCGUGAAACGAGUGAUUAUUAAUCCCCUAAUUAUCGGCCGCUGAUUUCCAUUCCCCUGGUGCGGCUUGGCUCCUAAUAAAAACAACACAGUAAGAAAGCGGUGAAAUGACGACGGAGAGUGGGGCUGGGGGCAGUGGCGUCGGGGCAAAUGGCAGAAAAAUAACAUAUUUUAGCAAUUCAUUUGUUUUGGCCUUGGCUUUGGUCGCUGGCUUUGGGGGUCUGCUUUUUGGCUACGACACUGGAGUUAUUUCCGGUGCUCUUCUUUAUAUCCGCGAUGACUUUCCAGCAGUCAAUCAAAGUAGUUUCCUACAGGAAACUAUUGUCAGCAUGGCUUUGGUUGGGGCCAUAAUUGGGGCUGCUGUGGGUGGGUGGAUAAAUGAUGCCUAUGGGCGUAAAAGGGCCACGCUUAUUGCGGAUGUGGUAUUUAUAUUAGGAUCCUUUGGAAUGGCCGCUGCGCCAGACCCAUAUGUUCUUAUAUUUGGACGAUUCUUGGUUGGUCUCGGUGUAGGUACCGCGUCUGUCACUGCUCCAAUGUAUAUAGCAGAAGCAUCGCCAUCUGAAAUUAGGGGUGGUCUUGUGAGCACUAAUGUGCUUAUGAUAACUGGUGGACAAUUUCUGUCAUACCUAGUCAAUCUUGCAUUUACAAAGGUUCGUGGCACAUGGCGAUGGAUGCUUGGGGUUGCUGCUGUGCCAGCUGUCAUUCAGUUUGUACUCAUGCUAUUCUUACCAGAAUCCCCACGGUGGCUUUACAUAAAGAAAGACAAAAGUGAAGCAAUAGUUGUGCUUUCUAAAAUUUACGACCCCUUUCGACUAGAGGAGGAAAUUGGCUAUCUUGAUUCUGCACUGGAAGAAGAAGAACUGUUAAGAAAGAAUGCUGUUAGCUACUGGGACGUUUUCAGGAUAAAAGAAGUUAGACUUGCGUUUCUAGCAGGAGCUGGACUUCAGGCAUUUCAGCAAUUUAUCGGGAUCAACACAGUUAUGUAUUACAGCCCAACAAUCGUUCAGAUGGCUGGUUUCAGUUCUAAUCGUUUGGCACUUCUACUCUCUCUUAUAGUUGCACUGAUGAAUGCCAUCGGUACAGUACUAGGUAUAUACCUAAUUGACAAUUAUGGCCGUCGGAAACUAGCAUUAAGUAGCCUGUCUGGUGUAAUUGUGUCCCUAAUUCUCUUGUCUGUGGCUUUUAUUAUGCAAUCACCCAACGGAGACUAUGGGUGGGUUGCAGUUUUCGGUUUAGCCCUUUACAUUGCUUUCUUUGCACCUGGAAUGGGACCUGUGCCGUGGACAGUGAACACUGAGAUAUACUCCCAAUCUUACAGAGGAAUUUGCGGAGGAAUGUCAGCUACAGUAAAUUGGAUAUCAAACUUGAUAGUUGCACAAAGCUUUUUGUCCACUGCUGAUGCUGUUGGAACUGGGCCAACUUUUCUUAUACUUGCUGGAAUUGCAGUGGUCGCAUUUGUGUUUGUGAUGGUCUAUGUUCCUGAAACAAAGGGUUUGAGCUUUGAGGAAGUAGAGAAUAUCUGGAAAGAAAGGGCUCGAAGCAGCGGGUCUAGCAAAGAACCCCUGCUCACUCCAUCUCCCUUGUAGUGAUGUCGAUGAUUUAGACUAUUUUGGUGUUUCAGUUUUAAAUAUAGUGGGGAACAUUUACCUAUGGUUAUAGAGUAGUGGCCGAGUUCUGGGCAUUUUCUUGUAAAGGACCGAUCCAAAAUAAUUUGGGGUUCUUGUUGGUCAUCUAAUGAAGGUCACUAAUACGGUAUUCCUUCUGUGUUUCUUUGUGUACAUGUACAUGGAUAUGGAUAUGGAUAUGGGCAGUACAAGGGAGAACAUCCCUGUAAACAGAAAUUAUCAUAGAACUCUGAAUUUAUAA